AGCUUUGGCCUUUCAGAAACUGCUCAGGCAAGAGAGUGCCAACAAUAUUCUAAGUUAUACUCUUAUUGUUGGUAUCUCUUCAUAUUGAAUAAUACACAAAUCUAUAUUGUAGAUUAGAUAAUAAUAUAAAUGUCUAACGGUGACCAUGAAAGGAAGAAGAAGAUCGCCGUUAUUUCGGUAUCUGGGAUCCUUCUAGUGGCUAUGGUGGCGGCCGUGGGCGUCGGUUUAUCUGGCACCGGCGAGGAAGCCUACGAUGCGGUCGCGUCCGCGGAGGAUGACGGUGGUGAGAAGAAACAGAUUUCGGCGAGUCAAAAGGACGUGGAAAUGCUUUGCAGCUCAGCCCAAUACAAAGAAACCUGCAAGCACAGCCUCGCAAAAGCAAACAACGGCACCACCGACGUUAAAGAACUCAUCAAAACGGCGUUCCACGCCGCCGCCAAGGAGUUCAAGAAGUUCAUCGACAAUUCCACCCUCUUCGACGAGCUGGCCAAGGACAACAUGACCAAACAGGCUAUGGAGAUCUGCCACGAGGUGCUGGACUACGCCAUAGACGACGUAAAGAACUCGAUCAAUAGCGUGGAACAGUUCGAUAUAAGCAAGCUAAGCGACUACGCCUAUGACGUUAAGGUGUGGCUCGGAGGCACCAUUUCCCACCAACGCACCUGCUUGGACGGCUUCGAGAACACCACCACUCACGCAGCCGAGACCAUGGCCAAUGUGUUGAACACCUCCCUGGAGCUCAGCAUGAACGCUUUGGACAUUAUUUCUGGCCUCUCCGAUGUGGCCGAAGCCUUCGGAUUGGCCGGCCUCGGUGGCCAGCAAGAUCAUGGCACUAACAACACCUCCAGUCGGAAGCUUCUCGAGAGUUUGCCGUCCUGGGUAGGUGAUAGCCAACACCGUCAUCUCCUCGCCGCGGCAGCUGCCGGUGCUUCCAACGUCAAGCCCAAUGCUGUUGUGGCUCAAGAUGGAUCCGGGCAGUUCAAAACACUAACAGACGCUAUUAAUUCUGUUCCAAAGAAUAAUAAGAAACCCUAUGUGAUUUACGUGAAGGCCGGCAUAUAUAAGGAGAUUGUGAAGAUUCCCAAGCAAUCCAGCUAUAUCACUAUCGUCGGAGAUGGUCCCACCCUCACCAGAUUCACCGGCGGUCUCAACUUUGCCGACGGCGUCCAGACUUACAACACCGCAACAUUCGGCGUGAAUGCUCCUUACUUCACGGCCAUGCACGUAGGGUUUGAGAACUCCGCCGGAGCAAUUAAGCAUCAAGCCGUGGCGCUCCGAGUGACAGCAGAUAAAGCUGUCUUCUACAACUGCCACAUGGACGGAUACCAAGACACCCUCUACGCGCAGUCUCACCGCCAGUUCUACCGAGACUGCGUCAUCUCCGGCACAAUCGACUUCAUCUUUGGCGACGCCGACAUGGUCUUCCAGAACUGCACGCUGGUCGUGAGGCCACCUUUAAGCAACCAGAACUGCAUCGUCUCAGCCAGUGGCCGCAACGUGAUCAACAGCCCCAGUGCCAUGGUGUUCCAGAGCUGCCGCUUCACUGCCGACACGCUCUACCUCUCCGAUCCGGCGAAGAAGCCGGCAUACCUAGGACGACCGUGGAGGGCAUACGCCAAGGUGGUGAUCAUGGAUUCUGAGAUCGACGGAAUCUUCGCUCCCGAAGGUUACUUGUCGUGGAUGGGAAGCAUCUAUCACUUGACCAGCAUCUUCAAUGAGUAUAACAACAAGGGUCCCGGCGCCGAUACCUCUCAUAGAGUGAAAUGGCCCGGUGUAAAGGUGAUCACUGCUUCACAAGCUGCAAAUUUCUAUCCUCGCAAGUUCUUUGAAUUUCGCAAUGCAACAACAGCUGAAGACGAUUCCUGGAUCUCCGCGUCCGGGAUUCCGUAUUCCGUUGGCCCCAUGGCCGUUCCUAAUUGAUCAUUGAUCAAUUUAAUUAAUCACGCUUCACCUUAUUGUCAAAGCAUAUGAUUAAUAUAUGUAUUCAUCUUAUAUAUAUGUGUGUAGGAGGUAAGUAGGCGUUGGAGUCAUAUCCGUUCUGUUCUGAUAUCCAAUUCGAUCGACUAGUGGUGCACUAGCUCCUUGGUUAAAUUAUCUUGAGUUCAUUUUGUUGGAUGUUUUGUAUGGCUUGAUUAUCUCAAAAUGAAUUAUUUCGGCAACCUGCAAA